GCCAUUAUACCCAACAACUCCCAUAGAAGCCAGUACCGAUCCUCCCUCCCCAGUAAAAAAAAACAAAAAAAAGGGAUCAUGCAUGCGGGCCGGGGGGGGCAGGGGGCCCUCUGAUCGGGAUCAUGCAACCCUUGUAUGCAACCCUUGUAUUGGAUCAAGAAGACAAAAUCCAGGCUCAGUCCUAUCUUGCGCGCCCGGCGGGACACCGACAUUUCCGCUCUCGUUUCUUGACAAGUUGAAUACAACGCAAAAUACUAGUACGAAUGAAUACUAGUAUUCUCGAUUUCCUGAGGUCAUUCGCAUGUCUUGUUCACGAUCACUCAAUCCAGUUUGAGCCUGUACGCUUGAGUACAUAGCAAGCACAGACGUUGUCGGAUCCACACGUCGCCAGCGCUCAUCAGAUGCAGAUCAGUCUCAGUGCGUAUAAAGAGCUGUUGCACGGUGGAAUAUAAUUCUUCUGAAAUUCGAUGUUCUACAAAUCCAUCAGUUGUAUUUCACUCAUAUUGUAAUAGGAUGUAGACCAGGCUUUAUUGUCACAUCGACUGGACCAGGGUGACUGGAUCACUUUGAUUUUUGGUGGAUUUAAUAAUAAUUCUUAUUCAUGAUGGGCAAAAAUCGCAGAAGAAUAUGUCUAUUUGACAUGGACGGGACAAUAACACACACUCGAAUGACGAUAGAGCCCGAAAUGGUUGAUGUCCUGUUGGAGCUUCAGACUGACAUUCCAAUCGGUUUGAUCACCGGCUCAGACAUCAAGAGUGUGGAAGAUCAACUCGGUCACGAUCUCCUUCAGAUAUUCGAUUACGUCUUCGUAGAGAACGGCAUGGUGGCGUAUCAGAAGGGACAGGUCUUUGCUAAAAAGAAUAUGUCUGAGCAAAUUGGAGAGGAAAAAUUACAAGAGGUCAUCAACUUCGUGCUACAUUAUCUGGCUGACUUACAUCUCCCGAUCAAAAGAGGAUGUUUUGUGGAAUGUCGAACGGGUAUGAUCAAUAUUUGCCCUAUGGGACGAUGCAACUCAACACUUGAGGACAGAAGGAUAUUUUGUGAAUAUGACAAGAAACACAAAGUCAGAGAGAAGAUGGUAAAAACACUCCGGGAGAGAUUUUCUUCCAGUGGGCUUAAAUUUUCUAUAGGAGGGCAAACAAGCUUUGAUGUGUACCCGAUGGGAUGGGAUAAGACCUUCUGUUUGCAAUACUUGGAUCAAGAGUAUGAAGAGAUAUACUUCUUUGGCGAUAGAACAUCAAAGGAUGGCAAUGACUACGAGAUCUUUCACGAUAGCAGGACUAUCAGCCACACUGUAACCAGUCCGGAACACACCAAGCAACUCUUACAACAACUGUUCUUCAGUCAGCAACCAAACACAGACUCAUGAGUGUCAUCUGACUGUCUUGGGACUACUUUUACAGCAUCAGUACUCUGUGUAGGACUGGCACGAGACUUGCCAAUUCGUGUCCAGAUCGAAACGCUUCCACUGCCUGGCUCCCUGGAUGACUGAAAGUUGGUCAGGAAGCAGGCACAGUGUCCAAAUACCACAGAUGGGAGGAUUACGCAGCUCCUGUCAAUUGCUCUUCAGACAGUUUUUCUUUUCUGCAAAACCAAUCCUUGGAAAUUAUACGUUAACUAAUUACUAAAGUAAGCCAGAGUCAUACAGCUUGGCCAAUUUCAACACGUGGUUGCAUAGAACAGUAGUCAUCACUCUUGAGGUUAUGGAUGUAGAAUUGAGCCAUGCUGAUCUUUUUAUAAAGCUUGGACACUUCAUCAUCAGACUCCAGCACCUCUCAGCCAGGUUGGCUUUGUAAGAAUCAAACAAUAGUUUUAAUCAGUCCAGUCUAGGAUAGCUUGCUUUUCUAUGAGCAAUUUGUCUCUUUUGUUUAUCCAGGUUCUCCACCAAUUAUCUCCAAUAGCUCCAUGGUGUUGUUAUAUAAUCGUCCAAACAGUAUUGAUUUUUGCUAUUCUGUAAAACCAAUCAUGGGCAAAAUGGUGGAACAUAUGAACAAUACAAGUCGUGCUUCAUGAAAAAGCAUGCUAAUUCUAAGCACAAUUCAGGAAAAGUAUACCGAAUACAUGUAUCUAUGAAAGAGCUUUAAUAGGCCUGUGUUCAUGUCCAGUCUAUUAUGUGUACCAAGCAAAUGAUUUUUUUUCCAAGCAGUAAUUAGAAAAAAAAUUGUUGUAGGUGCCUGGUUUUUCACUGAUAUUUCUAAAUAGGUGAAAUACCUACACCUGGGGAGCGUUUCAGCAAUAUUUUCAUCCGACAAGUUGUCAGAUCUGACAUCUUUCCAUGAUUUUGAUUGGCAGAGAGGCACUGUUCCUAUGGUAACUGUCGGCUAAAAUGGGACUUGUCGGAUAAAACGGCCGACAAGUCCUUUCAUGAAACGCCACCCUGAAGUGGACGAGAAAUCCUAAAAAUCAAACAUGUUUUUUUUUUCUUAAUUUUUUUUUUUUUAAUGAGUACACUUUUCAUUCAUAAUAAUCCUUCAAUUUGGGUACAGGUUUAUCAGCUUCAGUUUUGGCUAGUGGAUACUAAAUAUCACAAUUCAAACAAGGCUCUGUACAGGAACCACCUGGCUCUCUUAAGCAACAUAUUAAACUAAAAUUAAUUGAAUCAAUAUACCUCUAUCUUCCCAGGGACAUGGCCAGCCGUAUGAGCUAUUUUUAUACAUAACAAUAAAUGGUAUGAAAUCAUUUGUUCGGUGUUUGUUAAGGUAUUUAUGACCAUACCAUUUAGAGAAAGAGAAAUAAAUCGUGAAGCAUGGCCUUUCAAGUUUAUGUGAAUAUUAUUUUCAAACCAAAGUGAUGAAAUCAUAUUCAUUAAAAAUAUAUAUACCUAAGAUCGAAGAGGCUUUUUGAUGUCAUCAUGGCAUAUAGUAUCUACAUGUACAUGAUAUAUUUGAAAUUUGUAUGAAAUAUACACAACAUUGCCAUUUUGAAACAAAAAUGAUAAUUCAGUCAGCCCUCCCUCAGAUGAAGUGGGAAUAUUUGGUCAAAUUAGAAAAAUAGUAUCAGGCUCAACCUUUCAGUAUUUUCGAUGAACAUUGAUUUAGCUGGAUAAUUUGAUAUGAUGUAUCUAUUUUUAUCAUGAUAUACUUGUUCAUUCUUGUAUUAAUUAAUUGUAGUCUGUAACAGUUAUUCCAGAUUUUCAAACCCUCUUUUAUAUAUUUUCUGUAGAUUUUUUUCUGAUUACGAGACAGAUUUUACUAAUGGUUUUUAUUAUGCAGUUUUCUAGCUACAGCUCAUUUCUUUUAUCGAUCCAAAGGGUGUGACCAAAUUUUAUUGACACUUAGUGUUUAAGCUUCACAUUUACUGUCUUACAACACAUUACCAUACAUUUCCAUUGAAUGACCUUUGUAAAUAUAAAGUUAUUUCAUAAUCUGAAAUUGACAGAGUUUGUAUAUUUGAAUAUUUAAGUUCUAUAUUUUGUGGCCUUUGAAAAAUAUUUUGGUGUUAUUAGCAAGUGUUUCUGUAAUUUUUUUAAAUAGGAAAUUCUGGUAGCAGUGCUAGAAAUACAUGGCAAAAAUAUGAAUCACAUUUCAGAUUCAGCUGAAUUUAUUUCACAUCUCUUUAAAAAUACAUAAAUAUAAAUAAAAUUUCACUGUCAUACUUUCAGUAGAAAGAUAUGUUAUCCUUGGGUGAAGUUUCUGCUGGUCAGACUUUUGACUGCCUGAUUGAGAAAAUAAGUUUCUAACAGUCAACCAUAUAAUAUUAGGUUCUUUUCUUGCACAUAUCGCUGCCUGAGCUUCUUGGGUGUAAAGCUGUCCAAAUAGAACAUUGUAUUGAUACUACCUUUCAAAAUUGCUUCCAUUCCAUUUGAUGGCAAGGCAAACAAUUUUUUGUUAUGUAUUGAAUGAUUAAACCAUUAUAAUCCAAGAAAUUCUAGAUCACACAUUGGCGUUGAAACAAAAAGAAUGGAUAUUAAAAAAUUAAGAUAUAUUUAAACUGCCAUUGCUAGAUUCAUAUACAGUGAAAUCUGCUUUAGUGACCACUGGACAGACUGACUGGAUAUAAAGACCACAGAUUUGGUUUUCCUAGAGGUUUUUGUUAUUGAAACCUGUCUGAAAGGACCACCUGCACAAAGAGUUAUUUCCCUUGUCUAGUGUUUAUAAUAUACAGAUUUCACUCUGUUUAGAAAAUUAAUAAGUAGGUUGGUUAAACUGUUUUAAAAAAAUGCAGAGCUAUUUCAUUCUUCUACAUGUUUACAUACAAUAUAUAUAUGCCUACUUUAUUUAUUAGCUUCAAGAAUAAUUGGCAUUUCACUAGAUAGUGGAAUAUCUGUAUACUAUCCAGUAAAGGACCAAUUUGGUUUUGGUGUGUGAGGCAUUUCAAUGCAAUAAUAGUGUGUUGUAUUAAUUUAUUUUUUUCUAUUAAGCCUAGAUUUUAAGGAGAAUUCUAUUUUUCUUUUCUUCAAUAUGAAGUGUUUAUAGACAAACUGUCAAUACAAAAUGCCAGUAAUGGAACAGAUAUCUUGCUAUACACAUAAUUCAUUGCCAUAGUAUUUUAGUUGGGUAUAAUUGGUUUUGCAUAUGUACUGCAUGAAACAUACCUCUGUUAAUUCCUUUUAAUUGCAACAUAUGUUGUAUUUUGUUCAUUAUUGUUAUUUCCAAACUGCACUUCUCUCAAAGAAUGAGAGGAAGAUAUGAGAUACGCCUGCUCAUGUACAUAUACAAGUUCUGAGUAUGUUACAAUAAAUGCUAUUGUAUUUUGAUGGGUUUUAUGAUGCCCAUGUAGAUUAAUCAUUCCAUACCAGAUGGUAUUCCUCAUAAAAACGAUAUGUAAUUUAUUGAGGAGUAUCUGUCAAAGAGAAACAAUAAUUCAAAAUUUUGAGUUGAUAUUUCAAAUUAUUGCCCCAUGUAUCAAGAUCGAUAGAAAUAAUUCAAACACCGUUUUAUGCCCAGAAAAAUCAAAUGCCUAUUUCACUACCCUUCUAGAGAUGUUCUUAUUUUCAUAAUUUUUUAAUUCAAUGACGGUUAACUUCCCCCUUUUACUGCUGAAUUUCAUUCAUUAUGACACUGCAUAUCAUUGUGUUACUUGUGCAUAUGAAAAAUGUUUUUUUUUAGUUACAUAGUGGUAGUUUUUAUACUUUGCUUAAACAAGAUUAUUUAUAUUUUGUUUAUAAUGGGGGAAAUCCAUUCACCUUCAUUCUAAAAGUGGAUUAACAAUUGCUUAGCUGGCAGGAGAAAUUAAAUGAACAGCAAACCAUGAAAAAAGAUAAACUUGGUGAUUCUACAUCAAAAGAUGUUGGAAACAAAACCAUUGUUACAUCCAGUAUCCAUGUUGCACGUUGUAACCUCAAUCCAUUCUUAGUGGUUUGCAUAUAUAUUGAGUAAAAAUAUAUUUGAACCGCACUCUUGAUACUUAUCUAAAUAAUUCAAGCACAAGCGAUUCUCUCAAUAUGAGAUUAAAAUCUUUAUUUUGUCAAGGAAUUUAUGCUGGUGGUUGUAGAAUGAAUGUAUAUAUGCAUAGAUCUAUAUGUAUACCCUAAAGAAGGGUAUGCCAUAUCAAUGUUUUAUAACAAGAAUAUUUUUACAUGAAUUAAAAUCAGAAAUAGGUAAAAUUAAA